AUGGCGAGCAACAUCCUCCCAGGAAAUGGGCACGGACAUGGCCAUGGACACAACAGCUCUGGUCAUAGAGACGAAUCGACCCCGCUUCUGCCACAGAUCUCUAGUCACAUUGCACAUGAAGGCGAAAGUGGCAGAAGCGGCUUCCACCCGCGUCACUUCCUCGCUGUGCUCUGGAGAAGCUCAUGUACCGCGUCCAUGUGGGUGAACGUCUUGUGGCCUAUUGUUCCCGUCGCCAUCAUCCUCCAGUUCUUCCCUGGCAUGCAUCUCUGGAAGUUCGCUACCGCCUACGUCGCUGUCAUCCCGACGGCCAAUUUGCUCGGCUUUGCUGGACAGGAAUUUGCGCGAAAGAUGCCCAAGGUAGCUGGCAUUCUUAUCGAGACGACCUUUGGAUCCAUCAUUGAAAUCAUUCUUUUCAUCGUUCUCCUCGCAAAGCACGAGAACCAGGGCCCCAACGACAAUGGAGACGAAGGAAAUCUCAUUCCCAUCAUUCAAGCCGCUAUUCUUGGUAGCAUCUUGACCAAUCUACUCCUCUGUCUUGGCCUCUGCUUCUUUGUUGGAGGUCUCAAGCAAGCUAGCCAGAAAUUCCAUGCCAUUGUAUCUGAGGUCGGCACCGGACUCUUGCUUGUCGCCGCCUUUGGUCUUCUCAUUCCCAGCGCGUUCUACUCUGCCCUCAAAGCCGAGGUCGUACCUGACUUUCCAGGUUUCAGAGUGCUACACGAACGGUUCACAGAGGACAAGUUACAAGAAGACGUUGUGCGAAUCAGCCAAUCGACCUCUGUUGCGCUGAUCGUUGCAUUCUUUAUGUACAUCUGGUACCAGGCCAGCAGCCAGCACAGCAUCUUUGACGAAGUCAUUGAGAUGGAUGAGCAUCGAGACGCCGAUCGUGAAGCGGAUAUGGAAAAGCCAAAGUUCACCAUGACGGAGACCAUUGUCGCUCUUCUUAUCGCUUUGGUGUUUGUAACUGCUCUUCUUAUCUUCCUUGUUGAUAAAAUCGAGCAUGUUGUUGAAGCUGGCGUACCCGAUCAGUUCCUGGGUCUUAUUCUUCUGCCCUUUGUCGAGAAGGCGGCUGAGCAUUUGACCGCGAUCGAUGAAGCCUACGAUGGCGUCAUUAAUGUUGCCCUGUAUCACUGCUUGGGACCAUCUAUCCAGACUGCCCUCUUCAAUGGCCCACUCGUCGUUCUCGUUGGCUGGGCUAUCGGAAAGCCAAUGGAUCUCAACUUUGAGAUUUUCAUGAUUGUUUUGCUUGUGCUGUCUAUUCUGGUCGUCGGCAACUUUCUUCGCGAUGGCGAGUCCAACUGGCUGGAAGGAGCUCUUCUCGUGGUCAUCUACGCCAUUAUUGCUAUCGCAUGUUGGUACUAUCCCAACCCUGAUGUGGCUACUUCCAAUGGGCUGGAAGGCUCUGAGAUGGUCAACGUGACAAUGAGUGUCGAUACACUUCGCCAGUUGCAGCAGCUCCUCAACGCACAUCUACCACUGUAG